AUGUUUGGAUUAAUCGUUACGGCAAAUGCGAUACGAGAAUGGUUUUCAAAGUCGAAGGAAAUUUAUCAGCUUGAAUCAGUGAUGGCUGAAUUUCAACUAUCAAAUGAUACACUUCGUCGAAUGAUGGCAAAAAUGUCCGCGGAUAUGGAUGCUGGAUUAGCAGGAGGAAUUGAGAAGAGCACGUUGGCUAUGCUUCCAUCUUUUGUACCCGAAUUACCCAAUGGAACUGAGGAAGGAAAAUUUCUCGCUAUGGAUUUGGGUGGUACGAAUCUGCGAGUAAUGGUUAUGGAUAUAAAACCCGGCCACGAACCUGUUACAGAACAAUUCAAUAGCAGGAUUCCGAACUGGGCGAUGCAUGGCACUGGAGAACAGCUAUUCGACUUCAUUGUCAAGUGUCUAGCAGAUUUUCUUAUCGAGAGAGGCAUCGAUCAAAGUAAUCUUCCACUCGGAUUCACUUUUUCAUAUCCUUGUGAUCAACGAAGUUUAUGUUAUGCUCGUCUAAUUAGAUGGACGAAAGGAUUUAAUGUUAGCGGCGUACUGAACGAAGAUGUUGUUGCAUUACUCGAGAAGUCCAUCGAAAAGCACGGUGGAAUAAAAGUACGGGUUGUGGCUUUAAUCAAUGAUACGGUUGGUACAAUAGUUGCCGCUGCUUAUGAAGCUGGAAGUGAAUGCCACAUUGGAGCCAUAAUAGGAACUGGAACCAACGCAUCUUACAUAGAAGACACUUCGAAAAUAAAAUACGGACUUUCGAAAAGUUUAACGCCUUACCCAUAUAAACAAAUGAUCAUUGAUAUUGAAUGGGGUGGCUUUGCUGAUAAUCACGAGGCUGAUUAUAUCCUUACUCAAUAUGAUCGGAUCGUUGAUAGUCGUGCUGAACAUCCAAACGUAAAUACAUUCGAUAAACUAGUCGCUGGUAAAUGUAUGGGUGAACUUGUUCGUGUCGUGCUAGAAAAACUCGUACGUUGUGGAGUAUUGUUCAAAGGGAAAGAAUCCGAUGUGUUAUUCACUCCAGAUACUUUCCCAACGAAAUAUAUUUCUGAAAUUUUAAAUGAUGAAGGUGGGUCAUAUGCGAAUACAAGACAAAUUAUGGAUGAAUUGGCCAUUGACGAAUAUAGCUUUAGCGAUAUGCUUUUACUUCGAGAAGUUUGUUGUGUUGUGUCACGUCGAUCUGCUAAUUUGGCAGCUGCAGCCAUUGCUUGCGCAUUGAAUCGUAUUCGUAAACCAAAUAUGAUUGUUGGUAUUGAUGGAAGCACUUAUAAAUAUCACCCUUUCUUCGACUUAUGGGUUACUGAUAAAAUAAAGGAACUCAUCGAUCCUUCGUUAAAGUUCAAAGUAAUACAAACUGGUGACGGAAGUGGAAAAGGUGCUGCAUUAAUCGCUGCUGUUAUUUCACGCUUGGAAAAAGCGAAAAAAGCUUCUAAUGAUAUUAAAUUAAACCAGAAAUUAGAAGAAAGUAAUCAGAACGAUGAAGUUACAGGAUCUCAUAUUCGGUUAAAUGUUUCUAAUUUUCAUGAUAAAACUGGUUAG